UCGGUCUGGCUCGCCCUCAGUUGCUGCGUGUCCUGAGAUGACCUGUUGAUGUCGGUAAAAUGGAGUAUAGCAGUGGGAGUCAUUUCCCCAUCCCAAAAAUAUUUAAAUAAAUACGAUUUGGAAUUGAUAGCGGACACCGUGGGACAACUGUCAACCUCAUCGAUACAGUUUGUGACAAUCGGUUGUCUUUAAUUAUUCGUAAAUCGCGGAAGCAGCGGAUACUGUGCGGUUGUCUGAGUGCAUGAGGUGGAUGGUGCGCUGGGGCGAACCCAAAAUAUUUUAGCAGUGCUAUGUUAGCUUGCUAGUUUAGCUAGUCCUGACAGGCACCCGAUUCACAGGCCUGCGGAUGGGAUGCGUAUAUUGCAAUGAAAGACGGGACUAAAAGCGACAGAUGUGGACUUUUUCAAACUGAUUAAAAUCCGUUAUUAUAUCGAUAUACUUUUUUGAAAGCUGGCAAACGCCGUGGCGCUCCUGGAUCGCGUGUUGUUGCAUUCACUGCCAUUCUCUGCCGCCCCCCGGCCCGUGCCAGUGGAGCACUCCGAGCGGGCAGACUGGCACACGGCGCGGCGGUCAUCUCCGUACACAGACAGCUAUCGCCGCCGUUUGAUAUUGCAUCCUGGUUAAAACGCAACUCACGGGAGAUACAAUUUGUAGCUAGUAACAGCUAGCUAUCACUUAAGAGGUUUGCAUUGAACUGUUUAAUUUAAUUGGUAUUUAAUUCAUGUGGUUCGGGAACAGUUUUCGAUGUGAUCAAUAUGAGCAUGCCAAUCUCAAUUUGCAUGCUACUCGAGUUCAUUGAAACGAUGAACAAUGUAUUUCAAUGAUGGUCAGUAGCCCUUCAAGAAGAAAAGUAAUAAUUGAAUUGAUAGUUGCAUUGUGUGUAGGCUACAGCAUAGCAGGCAAGCUCUAUCCUUACAGUAGACAUGGGGUUUGAAACCAGGAAAUGCCUAUAAAAUAGUUGUGCCAGCACCUUAUUUUUUUUAACCCUUAUUUUACCAGGUACAUUUACUGAGAACACAUUCUAAUUUAAAGCAACGACCUGGAUAUUAUUAAAGGGGAGAAGAGGGGGGAUGAAUGAGCCAAUUGAAAGCUGGGGAUGAUUAGGUUUCAAUGAUGAUGUGAGGGCCAGUUUUGGAAAUUUAGCCAGUUUGGAAAAUUAGCCAGGACACAGGGGUUAACAUAACACCCAUACUCUUACAAUAAGUGCCAUGGGAUCUUUAAUGACCACAGAGAGUCAGGACACCCGCUUAACGUCCUGUCUGAAAAACGGCACCCUACGCAGGGCAAUGUCCCCAAUCACUGCCCUGGGGCAUUGGGAUCUCCUUAGACCAGAGGAAAUAGUGCCCCCUAUUCCCAUCCAGGGACCGACCAGGACCCUGCUUCGCUUAAGAGGCAAGCCAGCAGUGGGAUGCAGGGUGGUAUGAUGCUGGCCACUACCCAUGCAAUCCUCUCUAAUAAUCUGUAAGGCAGUCUAAAUUAAUUUAGCAGUUGGUGUUUUCACAGACUAUAGUCUAGGAGGGUGGAUAAACUGGAAAAUGUUAUUUUCUAUAAGAUCACAAAUAUGUUGGCCCUGGGCCCAUCACAACAUCACAUAAGCUGUGGCUGCAUUGAAAUGCUGGCAAAACAUUCUUGAGGCUCCUAUGAAAAGACUGGCUCUUAUGUUGACACUGUGUGACCUAGUUUUGUUACUGACUCCGCUGCCUGGUAUGAAAUGUGAGGCAGUGGGUGAACUGAACUUCUCCUCCUCUGCCCUCUAACCUGGCUGCUGUGCCUGGCAUGACCCCUUUGCUGGGGACAGCCCUUGUUCAGGCCCCUCUCCUACCCUCCUUGGUCUCUCUCUCAGUGCAAACUCCGCAAACACACCCAGGCUUCAUUCUAUUCUAUGUGUGUUUGUCCUGCCAAACUGUAAACAGGCAGUAUUGUUUAGUGUGUCUGUGUGUGUGUGUUUGUUUGCGAUGGUGUGUGUGUGCUCAUCUGUGUUUUUGCGAGAGGGAUAGAGACAAAGAGAGUGUUUGUUUUACCAGUGUGGCUGACUGGAUCCCAAAUCAAGGAGUUAUAUGAUGGGCUGCUUACUUCACCCUUAAUGUAUUAGUCAGACUUGGGUAAUCUUGCGUUUCACUGGGUGAGAAGAUUCUAACUGUCUGUUAAUGCUGCCACAUAGUAUCCACCCCCGUCAAUGGCAGCUUUUGUGUGUGUAGUUUAUGGAGUAGUCUAUAUGCGGGUGACUGCGCGCGUAGGUGCAUAGAUGCAUGCUUGAACAUGCAUGUGUAAUGUAUGCAAUAAUAGCCUAUAGCAUCAGUUAGCAAAGCAGAUGCUUUUAUGAAAAGUGACUAGUUGACAGUGACGCAUUCAGUAUGGGUGGCCCGCUGCCCGUGUAGGAAUCAAACCCCCCCAACAAUGCUGGUGUAGCCAGCACCAUGCAGUGGAACCACUAUAUGUGACAGUGCUUACAAGCGGAUAGCUGGAAUUUGGCUUUGGGUACUGAUUCAUAAACAAUAAAAAGUUGAUGUGACAGGACUGCUUCUCGGUUGUCUGUGCUGUUUAUGGUCGUUGUGGGGUUACUGAGGUGGAUGUCUGUGCUGUUUAUGGUCGUUAUGGGGUUACUGAGGUGGAUGUCUGUGCUGUUUAUGGUCGUUGUGGGGUUACUGAGGUGGAUGUCUUUGCUGAGCUGCAGAGAUAGUGGGAGGGGAGGCGCUUACACUGAACCUUUAAGGGUGCAUCUUAAUAGUCCAGAGUGGCUCACUGUCUUUGUCUCCUCCUUCAUCCUCACAUGUCUUUACAUAUCAUUGCAGGUGAAAGAGGGGACAUAAGGAAAGGACGCCAUUUUAUAGUAUUGAGAUGUAGGUUAUUCCAUAUGCUGUUGUCAAGAGGAAUGACAUACCUUUCAUUUCUGUUGACCUUUGAGCAUAGGCCUAUCAAAUAGUAGAGGGCUGCGAGUUUAGGUUGUUCUAUUUUUGAGAGAAUAGGUUAUGGGCAAUUCAAACAAAACCACAUUGUAGUACUGUAGGAGUAGGCUAUUUACGCAGUCGGAUGUAAACACAUAUUUUACAAUCAAAUAACAUCUCUGAAUGGGGUUUAGACAGUUUUAGGCCUAUGUAAAUAGCAGAUAGAAGUUUUUCAGUUUUCAGAAUAAGACGUGUGUGUGUGUGUGUGUGUGUGCAUGGGCAGUGAAAUUUGCUACAUAUGGAUAAGUAGGCUUUUUCAAAUAGUAUUUUAAGGGUCUCCUUUCUGUUCAAAACACACUGUAAAAUGGUUCACUUUGUCUGAAUGACCAAUAUGAAAAAAUUGGGUUCACUUUAGUUGCUUCCAAAAUGGGUAUCAUCACUAAAAAUGUUUAGUCCAUUGGAGGGUGCUGUCUACUACUGUUCAGGUUAGAGUUGAACUGAUAGGAUUUCCUCUCUGUAUGAUGGAAGCUAUGGUUGGGCUUUAUUUUACAGACCUCUAUUUACCUGUUUCCUUAGAAAUUAGAUGGUAAUAAUAGUUAAAUUACUCGAUAAUUAGGCCUUCCUUCCUAGUGGUUUCUCAUUUAUUGAUUGUAACAUGCACCGCUAGUACCAUGUUACUAGUUAUACUGAGCAAAAAUAUAAACUCAGCAAUUUCAAAGAUUUUACUGAGUUACAGUUCAUAUAAGGAAAUCAGUCAAUAGAAAUAAAUUCAUUAGGCCCUCAUCUAUGGAUUUCACAUGACUGGGCAGGGGUGCAACCAUGGGUGGGCCUUAGAGGGCAUAGGCCCACCCACUGGGGAGCCAGGCCCAGCCAAUCAGAAUGAGUUUUUCGGGCAGUCAAGUCUGAGGGACCAACACUUUACAUGUUACAAUUUAUUUAUUUUUAUAAAAAAAUAAUAUUUAACCUUUAUUUAACCAGGUAAGCCAGUUGAGAACAAGUUCUCAUUUACAACUGCGACCUGGCCAAUAUAAAGCAAAGCAGUGCGAUUAAAAACAACAACACAGAGUUACAUAUGGGGUAAACAAAACAAAGUCAAAAAUACAACAGAAAAUAUAUAUACAGUGUGUGCGAAUGUAGUAAGUUAUGGAGGUAAGGCAAUAAAUAGGCCAUAGUGCAAAAUAGUUACAAUUUCGUAUUAACACUGGAAUGAUAGAUGUGCAAGAGAUGAUGUGCAAAUAGAGAUACUGGCGUGCAAAAUAGCAAAAUAAAUAACAAUAUGGGGAUGAGGUAGUUGGGUGGGCUAAUUUCAGAAUGGCUGUGUACAGGUGCAGUGAUCGGUAAGCUGCUCUGACAACUGACGCUUAAAGUUAGUGAGGGAGAUAAGAGUCUCCAGCUUCAGAGAUUUUUGCAUUUCGUUCCAGUCAUUGGCAACAGAGAACUGGAAGGAAUGGCGGCCAAAGGAGGUGUUGGCUUUGGGGAUGACCAGUGAGAUAUACCUGCUGGAGCGCAGACUACGGGUGGGUGUUGCUAUGGUGACCAGUGAGCUAAGAUAAGACAGGGAUUUGCCAAGCAGUGAUUUAUAGAUGACCUGGAGCCAGUGAGUUUGGCGACAAAUAUGUAGUGAGGGCCAGCCAACAAGAGCGUACAGGUCACAAUGGUGGGUAGUAUAUGGGGCUUUGGUGACAAAACGGAUGGCACUGUGAAAGACCACAUCCAAUUUGCUGAGUAGAGUGUUUGAAGCUAUUUUGUAAAUGACAUUGCCGAAGUCAAGGAUCGGUAGGAUAGUCAGUUUUACGAGGGCAUGUUUGGCAGCAUGAGUGAAGGACGCUUUGUUGCGAAAUAGGAAGCCGAUUCUAGAUCUAACUUUUGAUUGGAGAUGCUUAAUGUGAGUCUGGAAGGAGAGUUUACAGUCUAACCAGACACCUAGGCAUUUGUAGUUGUCCACAUACUCUAGGUCAGACCCGCCGAGAGUAGUGAUUCUAGUCGGGUGGGCGGGUGCAAGCAGCAUUCGGUUGAAGAGCAUUCAUUUAGUUUUACUAGUGUUUAAGAGCACUUGGAGGCUACGGAAGGAGUGUUGUAUGGCGUUGAAGCUCGUUUGGAGGUUUGUUAACACAAUGAAGGGCCAGAUGUAUACAAAAUGGUGUCGUCCGCAUAGAGGUGGAUCCGAGCGUCACCAGCAGCAAGAGCGACAUCAUUGAUAUACACAGAGAAUAGAGUCGGCCCGAGAAUUGAACCCUGUGACACCCCCAGAGAGACGGCCAGAGGUCCAGACAACAGGCCCUCCGAUUUGACACAUUGAACUCUAUCUGAGAAGUAGUUGGUGAACCAGGCGAGGCAGUCAUUAGAGAAACCAAGGCUAUAUAGUCUGCCAAUAAGAAUGCGGUGGUUGACAGAGUCGAAAGCCUUGGCCAGGUCGAUGAAGACGGCUGCGCAGUACUGUCUUUUAUCGAUCGCGGUUAUAAUAUCGUUUAGGACCUUGAGCGUGGCUGAGGUGCACCCAUGACCAGCUCGGAAACCGGAUUGCAUAGCGGAGAAGGUACGAUGGGAUUUGAAAUGGUCGGUGAUCUGUUUGUUAACUUGGCUUUCAAAUACUUUCGAAAGGCAGGGCAGGAUGGAUAUAGGUCUGUAACAGUUUGGAUCUAGAGUGUCACCCCCUUUGAAGAGGGGGAUGACCGCGGCAGCUUUCCAAUCUCUGGGGAUCUCAGACGUUACGAAAGAGAGGUUGAACAGGCUAGUAAUAGGGGUUGUGACAAUUACGGCGGCUAAUUUUAGAAAGAAAGGGUCCAGAUUGUCUAGCCCAGCUGAUUUGUAGGGGUCCAGAUUUUUCAGCUCUUUCAGAACAUCAGCUGUCUGAAUUUGUGUGAAGGAGAAGCAAGGGUUGGGCAUGGGCAAGUUGCAGCGGAGGUUGCAGAGCUGGUGGCCGGGGUAGCGGUAGCCAGGUGGAAAGCAUGGCCAGCCGUAGCAAAAUGCUUGUUGAAAUUCUCGAUUAUUGUAGAUUUAUCGGUGGUGACAGUGUUUCCUAGCUUUAGUGUCCCAAAACUUUUUGGAGUUAGUGCUACAGGAUGCAAAUUUCUGUUUGAAAAAGCUAGCCUUUGCUUUCCUAACUGAUUGUGUAUAUUGGUUCCUGACUUCCCUGAAAAGUUGCAUAUCGCGGGGGCUGAUCGAUGCUAAUGCAGUACGCCACAGGAUGUUUUUGUGCUGGUCAAGGGCAGUCAAGUCUGAGGAGAACCAGGGGCUAUAUCUGUUCUUAGUUCUUAAUUUUUUGAAUGGGGCAUGCUUAUUUAAGAUUGAGAGGAAAACACUUUUAAAGAACAACCAGGCAUCCUCUACUGACGGAAUUAGGUCAAUAUCCAUCCAGGAUACCCGGGCCAGGUCAAUUAGAAAGGCCUGCUCGCUAAAGUGUUUUAGGGAGCGUUUGACAGUGAUGAGGGGUGGUCGUUUGUCCGCGGACCCAUUACGGACACAGGCAAUAAGGCAGUGAUCGCUGAGAUCCUGGUUGAAGGCAGCGGAGGUGUAUUUAGAGGGUACAUUUGUCAGGAUGAUAUCUAUGAGGGUGCCUAUGUUUCAGAUUUAGGGUUGUACCUGGUAGGUUCGUUGAUAAUUUGUGUGAGAUUGAGGGCAUCUAGUUUAGAUUGUAGGUUGGCCGGGUUGUUAAGCAUAUCCCAGUUUAGGUCACCAAGCAGUACGAACUCUGAUGAUAGAUGGGGGGCAAUCAGUUCACAUAUGGUGUCCAGGGCGCAGCUCUGGGCAGAGGGGGGUCUGUAGCAAGCGGCAACAGUGAGAGACUUAUUUCUGGAAAGGUGGAUUUUUAGAAGUAGAAGCUCAAACUGUUUGGGCACAGACCUGGAUAGUACGAUAGAGCUCUACAGUAGAUUGCAACCCCACCCCCUUUGGCAGUUCUAUCGAGACGGAAAAUGUUGUAGUUGGGGAUGGACAUUUCAGAAUUUUUGGUGGCCUUCCUAAGCCAGGAUUCAGACACUGCUAGAACAUCAGGGUUGGCGGAGUGUGCUAACGCAGUGAAUAACUCAAACUUAGGGAGGAGGCUUCGGAUGUUAACGUGCAAGAAACCAUGGCUUUUACGGUUACAGAAGUCAACAAAUGAUAGCGCCUGGGGAGUAGGAGUGAUACUGGGGGCUACAGGGCCUGUGUUAUCCUCUACAUCACCAGAGGAACAGAGGAGGAGUAGAAUAAGGAUACAGCUAAAGGCUUCCAGUGCGUUGGGUACAGAGAAAAAAAGGGGCAGAUUUACAGGCGUUGUAGAAUAGAUUCAGGGCAUUAUGUACAGACAAGGAUAUGGAAGGAUAUGAGUUCAGUGGAGGUAAACCUAAGCGUUGGGUAACGAUGAAAGAGAGCAUCACUGGAGGCACCGAUUUGAGUCGGUCUCCGCGUGUAUGGGGGGUGGGACAAAGGAGCUAUCUAAGUCAGGUUGAGCUGGGCUGGGGGAUCUACAGUGAAAUAGUACAAUAAGAAAUAACCGAAACAGCAAUAAGCAAGGCAUAUUGACAUGGGAGAGAGGCAAAAAGCAAUCACAGGUGUUAUUCGAGAGAGCUAAGACAACAGCUGGUAAUGGUGACAAAGUUUGGGCUGAGGCUAAACAUAAACAGGAUGCGGUACCGUAUAAAGGAACAGUCCAGCAGGCAUCAGCUGUAUAGCUGAGUUAUCAUAAGGUCCGGUGAACAGCAAUAGGAGAGUUCGGAGGUAGUUCGUGGGCUGCUACAGCACUGGCGAGCAAGAGGCCACGGCUAUAUUUUUGUUCAGUGUAGUUACCAAUGGUGUUGGAAUCCAUCAUAUUGGCUAAGUACAGGGCAUUACUGUUUGUUGCUUCAUUAGGUUGGGGAAAACGGGUCAGCCUCAUGCAGUGAUUGGUAAAUGAUUUAGUUGGCUCUUUUAAAAUAUGUUGCUGAUAUCUCUUUCCCUCUCUAUCCCUCUCCCUCCAGACCCUGUGGUGGUGUGCGUAGCGCACCAUGGCCCAGACCCUUCAGAUGGCGAUUCCUAACUUUGGCAACAACGUCCUGGAGUGUCUGAACGAGCAGCGUCUCCAGGGGCUCUACUGUGACGUCUCCGUGGUCGUCAAGGGACACGCCUUCAAGGUGGGAUAUUACUGUGUGAAUUGUGUACUAGACCAAUUAUGCAUCAAUCAAUCUAUCCCGGUGGUAACAGCUUGAUUGUUAUGAGUUUAUUAUCCCAUUGCCCUUCAUGACUUGCCAUUAUUGGUCAACCACCCAGUUUUAAAAUAAAUGUAUCAUUCAAAUAAAGUAAACAUUCCUUAUAUAACUCUUAACUCUAUAGUAUCUUCUUACUCCUCCCUCCCUCUCCUCCAGGCUCACCGUGCCGUGCUUGCGGCCAGCAGCUCUUACUUCCGGGACCUGUUCAGCACUGGGGGAGGCAGUGGCUCCAAGACCCCCACGGUGGUGGAGCUACCCCCGGCCGUCCAGCCCCAGAGCUUCCAGCAGAUCCUGGCCUUCUGCUACACAGGCCGCCUCAGCAUGACGGUGGGGGACCAGUUCCUCCUCAUGUACACCGCAGGCUUCCUGCAGAUCCAGCAGAUCAUGGAGAAGGGCACUGAGUUCUUCCUCAAGGUAAUAAUACAUGGGUUUUAUGUAGCCUUUUUAACGACCCAAGCAUGCUUAAAGGAAAACUACACCCAAAAACAAUCUUUUGAUAUUUGUUUCAUUUGUCCAUUGUUGAUAUAGUCCAAUGUUUUGCAUGUCAGCAAUCACGUUUUCAAGAUAUAUAACUUUCAAAAUACAGAAAUGCAGCCUUUAUGAUGCAUUUUGCAUCAUAUGAUACCGGCUGCAAAACAUGUUGAGACUAUAUCAACAAUCGACUAAUGAAACAAAUACCAAAAGAUCGUUUUUGGGUGGAGUUUUCCUUUAAGGUUGAGGUGGACAGGAGGCCUCCUUCAAAAGGGAGUCUUGGCCUGCAUCACAAUCACACACAGUGACCACAGGUUGUGUCAUUAUGCUGUGUUUAUUCAGAGGUCUUAGAAUAAUACAGACACAUACCAGGGUUUCCGUUAGCCUGUAAUAGCCGGCUUUAGUCCGCCAAAUAUUUUAAUUUGUGCCAGCCAACUGCCCGAGAGAAGAAAUAAUCCCAUUGCGAAAUAAUGCUUUUUUGCCUAUUCAUUGAUGGUAUUACCAGUCAAUGGAAAUACAUUUGACUGGUCAUGCUUAUCGGUCUAUAGGGUAAUCUGCAUAAUUUAGUGGAAGUAAAUUGGCGCGUGUACAGUAUAUUCGUGUGUACAGUAUCUUAAAAAUACGAGGUCAAAUGAUGACGUCAGUGAUCUUCAGGUCGGAAAGUCGGAGCUCUAGAAAGAGGCCUGAGUUCCCGAGUUGGAAUUCCGAGUUGGAUGACCGUUCAAAACUAUUUUUCCCAGUCUGAGCUUGUUUUCUUCCCAGUGCCCAGUUGCUUUGACGCACUGAAGUCAGAAGUCAGAGAUUUCUGAGUUCCCAGUUGCUUUGAACGCGGCAUCAAACGGCAACGGAAGGCAGGCUUCAUCACCACGUCACACACCACUUUGCAAUGAGCUGGAGGCAGUAUGCAUUUAGAAAACAUAUACUUAAUUGUUUGAAACCUGAAUUUUUUAAUACAUAUUAUGAGGUGUGUCUUAUCUUGCUUCAAAGUAGCAUAUUGGAUCUCCUCUCUUUCUAAAUUUCUAACAUAUAUUUUCAUCUGUCACAUGAAACCGCUCGCCUGUGCAGUGCCCUUUUGACAAUGGUGUUUUCCUGCUAAUUGCGUUAUGGAACGGACAUACGUGCGUAGCCUACUACCUUGUACACAUUGCUGCGCUUUUAAUGUGAAAAACAUUUUAAGCAAAAUGUUCUGAUCUGUUGCAUCAGACUCAUUGCUUUUUAAAGUUGUUUUAUGUAGCUUAGGCCUACUGGUUGGAUGAAUUUAGGAUCUAUCAUCCCACAACUGUCCCAGAGUCUGUUUGGAAUAGGGUAUUUCUUUCUCAACAAGCUGACCAAUAGAAUAGGUAGCCUAAACUUUUCUACUAUAUUAGAUUGACAUAGGUUAGUGAUUUUUCUGUUGGUUACUCAUCUUGUUGGCUGAGGAAAAGUAAAUGUGGACAGUUAUUCUAACAUGUUCAAAGUGCACAUCAGAAUUUGUUAAGAAGGACAUCGUUGCAUCCUCGACUUGCAUGUUCUGUUAAUAUGAAAGAUCAUAUUCUAAAUGUGCUUUCUGUCAUUCUGAGCACCAUGGGUGGACGCCCUAAUCAUGCUAUGCACCAAAUGCAAAUGGGUCCGGUAGAUUUCUGAAAUGUCCAGUAAAUUUAAAUGUUGCUGGUCAAAUGUCCGGCGCCACAUUUUCGUAAACCCUGAUACAUACAUUUGAACACUUUUAGCGGAACACUAGCAGACGUUCCCAGAGUGACUUUCAUUCAACUAAGAUGCGUAAACAGCCACUUAUCACAAUCAUUGCAAGUAUUUACAUAUACGGUGUAUAUUUAUAUUUACAUAAUAACCUAUUGAUAAAUGUAUUCUCUCCAUAUUUCUCCUCCAGGUUUCCUCGCCCAGCUGUGACUCCCAGGGCCUGCAGGCCGAGGAGGCUCCACCCUCCGAACCCCAGAGCCCUGUCACUCAAACUGUUGCCGCGGGGACCAGCAGUCGGCCCGCCUCCUGCCUUACGCCCCUCCCCCUCGUGUCGCGGGUGAAGACGGAGCAGCAGGGCAACCAAUCAGAAGCCUCACCCUACUCGGUGGUGUGCACCCCUGUGGCCAAGCGCUUGUGGGAGGGCGGCAGCAGCCGAGACGGGGGCGGAGGGGGCUCAGGGGGAGGCGGGUCCAGGAAAGCCGCCCGCUUUUCCCAGGAGUCCGUGCGAGGGAGUGCCAUCCAGAGCUCGGGGGCGCUGGCACUGGCCAUGGGGAUGGGCGCCAGCGGGGCGGGGCAAGGAUCAGGGGUCGGGGGUCACGGCAGCGGGUCCAACGGGAGUGUGGUCUCCAUGGGCAACGUGGCAUCGGAGGGCGCCAGCCCGGGCACGAUGAGCGCCUACACCAGUGACUCACCUAUCAGUUACCAUGAUGAGGAGGAAGAGGAGGAGGUGACGGAGGACCAGACAGAGGAGCAGUACAGGCAGAUCUGUAACAUGUACACCAUGUACAGCAUGCUCAACGUGGGCGCCGCAGGUACCGACCUGUGUGUGUGUGUGUAAAGGUCAGACCAGACAGAUCUGACACGUGUACUGAUGUUGUGUGUGUCUCUGUCUUUCUCCCUUUGGUAGCUGGUGAGCGUGUGGAGGCCCUGCCGGACCACUCAGAGACCCGGGGUCGUAUGCGGGGUCGCCAAGACCUGUCGUCUCUCCCCGCUGAGCUCAUCACACAGAUAGGCAACCGCUGCCACCCCAAACUGUACGAGGAGGGUGACCCCGCAGAGAAACUAGAGCUCGUCUCAGGUCAGUAUGUGUGUGUGGAUCUAUUUAGUCAUUUCAGAACUGGAGUAGGAGAAGGGUCAGAGAAGGGUCUAGGGACCGAAGUGGAAUGUUGGAUAGUUUGCAUUUUCUGCUACGCAGGGAAAUUGUCUGCGACAACAGAGUGAUCAAAUUAAGAUAGUACACACUGAGUGUACAAAACAUUAAGAACACCUGCUCUUUCCAUGACAGACUGACCAGGUGAAGCUAUGAUCCCUUAUUGAUGUCACUUGUUAAAAUCACUUCAAUCAGUGUAGAUGAAGGGGAGGAGACAGGUUAAAGAAGGAUCUUUAAGCCUUGAGACAAUUGAGACAUGGAUUGUGUAUAUGUGCCAUUCAGAGGGUGAAUGGGCAAGACAACAUAUGUAAGUGCCUUGGAAUGGGAUACGGUUUGUGUCAAGAACUGCAACACUGCUCGGUUUUUCAUGCUCAACAGUUUCCCAUGUGUAUCAAGAAUGGUCCACCACCCAAAGGACAUCCAGCCAACUUGACACAACUGUGGGAAGCAUUGGAGUCAACAUGGGCCAGCAUCCCUUUGAAAUGCUUUCGACACCUUGUAGUGUCCAUGCCAUGAUUAAUUGAGGCUGUUCUGAGGGCAAAAGGGGGGUUGCGACUCCAUAUUAGGAAGGUGUUCUUAAUGGUACACUCAGUGUAUACUAUACACACACUGUAUAGUCUACUGUGGUAGUUGUCCUAAAUGACUAGUGAAAUGGGACGUGGCCUGGUUCUACGCUACACUAUGAGAGUGGUCCUUACAUGAGUAGUGAAAUGGGACGUGGCCUGGUUCUACGCUACACUAUGAGAGUGGUCCUUACAUGAGUAGUGAAAUGGGACGUGGCCUGGUUCUACGCUACACUAUGAGAGUGGUCCUUACAUGAGUAGUGAAAUGGGACGUGGCCUGGUUCUACGCUACACUAUGAGAGUGGUCCUUACAUGAGUAGUGAAAUGGGACGUGGCCUGGUUCUACACUACACUAUGAGGGUGGUCCAUACUGUGAGAUGACCGUAUGUAAGAGAUGAGGCAUGGGACAGUGUGGUUAAUAUUAGCCACGUGAAAGCCUCUCUGGGAGCAUGCCUAUGUUACAUUACACUGCCACGUUGUCCUGGAGUGUACUGUCAGUCUAAAUGUGGACCACAGUCAAGUAUUCCCAUGUGUUUGGCCUGCUGCUUGUUUGUCAUGCAGUCAGACCCAGGAUGUGUGUGUUUGGGUCUAUGUUUCAGUGUCUGUGUUAGUGUGUUCUUCUUUGAUGUUGUGUGUGUGUAAACAGGACUUGUCUGUGUGUGUUUAACGGAUGGUGUGUGUGGUGUAUGGGAGUAUAUCCAGGUGUGUGUGUUGAAACUCAAUAGGAGUAGUGUCUGGAGUAGUCCAUGGUAACACUGUUCUGUGUGUUUGCUUUUGUUGUUGAUUCUCACUAAUGUGUGUCUGUGUCUGUGUCUGCAGGUACGUGUGUGUUCAUAUCUCGAGCCCAGCUGAUGAACUGUCAUGUGAGUGCAGGGACCAGACACAAGGUGUUGCUCAGGAGGCUGCUGGCUGCCUUCUUCGACAGGUUAGUGUGUGUGUGUGUGUCUCUCUCUCUCUCGCACAUCUGACGUGUGUGUGUUUAUACGUCUGACGUUUCUGUGUGUUUAUACGUCUGACGUUUCUGUGUGUUUAUACGUCUGACGUUUCUGUGUGUUUAUACGUCUGACGUUUCUGUGUGUUUAUACGUCUGACGUUUCUGUGUGUUUAUACGUCUGACGUUUCUGUGUGUUUAUACGUCUGACGUUUCUGUGUGUUUAUACGUCUGACGUUUCUGUGUGUUUAUACGUCUGACGUUUCUGUGUGUGUGUUUUUAUAUGUCUGAUGUGUGUGUGUGUGUGUUUAUGUCUGAUGUGUAUGUGCCUACCUGCCUCUGUGUGUGUAUUAACGGUUGAUGGAUGUCUAUGUUUAUAAAGGUAUCAUUAUACUCUUUCCCCUGUCAGGAACACUCUGGCUAACAGCUGUGGAACAGGAAUCCGCUCCUCCACUAACGACCCCAGCCGCAAGCCCCUGGACAACAGAGUGUUGCACGCAGUCAAAUGUGAGUGUUUCACUUAAACACAAGUGCCUUUGGUUAGUACAAGUUGACGGCUGAUUUAGGAUUGGGUUUAUCAAUCCUAACUCUCUGGUCUUUCCCUCUUUUCUCCCUUAUUCUCUCUCUAUUCCCCUCCUUCCCUCCCAUCCCUCAUUCCUUUCUCCCCUCUCUCUCCUCCUUCCCUCCAUCAGUCUACAGCCAGAACUUCGCCACGAGCUUCAAGGAGAGCGAGAUGAACGCCAUCGCGGCAGACAUGUGCACCAACGCCCGCCGCGUCGUCCGCAAGAGCUGGAUCCCCAAGCUGAAGCUGCUCAUGGCCGAGGGCGACGCGUACUCCGCCUUCCUCCCUGACGCCAAGAUGGAGGCUGACGCCCUAGGGGCGGAGCCAGGCUUUGAACCCAACUCCCUGGAGGGCGCCGAGACGGGCGGCUCGUCCGGCGAAUCGCUGCAGGGGGUGGGCAGCGACGGAGGCACUUUGUUUUAGAUGGGGAGGUGGAGUACAGAAGUGUUUAGAAGACGACGAUGAUGAAUACCUAUAUUUCCCUGUACUCCCCUCUUUCUUCUCCUCUGGUGGUGUGGCCCACCCCCCUGACCCUUUAGCCUUUUGAUCCUCCACCCCCAACAUUCGACUCUAAAACGUUGCUAGGGGAAACCGGGGUUGUUACCAGGAUGUUAACCAGGAAGUUAUGCUUUAAUUUUGAAAGCGAGAGUCCAAGCAAUCGUAACUUCCAAGAUGGUUUCUACUGUAUGUUGGUAUGGGGGUAGAGAGAGGGUGAUGGGUUUGUGGGGAUGGGGUGUUAUUUUUUUUUGUUCCCAAUUUUUUAGAUUAUCUGUUUAGGUUUUUGAACCAAAUUCCUCCCUCUCCAUAUCAAAACACAUUCCCCUGGUUUUGAAUGUAGAUGUCGGCAGCAUCGCACAAUGUCAGUCUGAACGAUUGUAAACCAACCUCUUGAGGAUAAACAAACCGACAGAAAGAUAACUUACUCUAUGGAUAUGAGAGAGACUGUAGUUUCUCUCUAGAAUGAAAGAAAGAGAAAAGGGGAGGGAGGGAGUGAUAGAGACCCCUACCCCACCAGUCCUCCUCUGACCAGAACAAAAUGAUCAUGCCCUCAGUUUUAAUGUACUGUCUCUCUUGUAUCUUUUAUUAUCACAGCCCGUUUCUCUGUUUGUAACAUGCUAUGGAGCCAGAGAUGGGGACUACAGGUUGUACCAUGAUUGUAAAGAAAUCCAAGGGGAACAGAAAAAGACGGUCAUAUCUUUUGAAUAUGUAUUUAUACAACUGUGGGUGUGUACAGAAAGAAAGGGAUUGGUUUUACAUUUCUGUUGUUUUAUUUAUUUUGAACAGCUGUUUUUGCAAAGAAAGUCCUGCUCCAAAAAAUAAGAUUUAAAAGCAAAUAAGGAAAAGUGCUAUUUUUGCAUAAAAAUAUGGUGUUGAUCAAGUGGUCAGAAAAGUCUUAAAGUAGGGCCUUUUGGGUUUUUUGUUUUGACAAACUAUUGAACUGAAAAAUAUCUGUUUUUAAGACAGAACUGGGCACUUUCUACCUGCGGCAAUCCAAUAUAGCUUAUUAUCUUAUCAUCUUUUCUCUAUGGAAAUGGUCAAGAAGCCUAUCUAUGUGGCUGGACUGUUGACGACGAUGACUGACUGACUAUGUUAUGCUUGCUAGCGAGCUAGCGACACUACUAUGCUAGCUAAACUGCUUACUCAAAAAUCACGGCUAAAUGUAGAAAUGCACAGCUUGAAUCGACUGCUGCAGCUAUCGGGCUAGCUAGCUAACCCCUCCUCCGUGUUGGUUAGUGACGUGCUCCGACGCAAACUACUGACAUCAUUACACAUCAUGAGGUGGUGAUUCAACAACCGGAAAACAUUUAGAAUAAUGGAAUGUGCCUUUUUUAUCGACAUGGGAUAUGCAGGGGUGGGUCCUGCUUAUGUUGAUGUUGGGAAGGAGGGGGUAGAACGGGUGGUAAAAGGUGGUAGGUCGUUCUGCUGGAGACAGAGGUGUAACACACGUGUCCCAAAGAGAGAUGGGGUGAGGUCAGGGGGAUUGGCAUUCCGGUGGAGUGUGUGGGUGUGUUUUUAACAGUCUUUAUAUGUGCGAGAGCAAGCAUUUGUGUUCAUUCCUUGAAUGUGACUGAAAAGCAUAUUUGUUCCUGUGUGAUUGAUGUGUAGGUGAGUGUGCUUUAAGUGUGUGUGUCCUCCACCUGGUAGUGUUUUGGAUUGGUUUAAGACUCCCUCUGCUGGGACACUUGUCUAUGUGGACGAUGACCUACACCAUCUUCCAUACACCUUUGCAAUCAAAAAGAUAUCUUCACAGGUGUCAGUGAGACGCCUUCAGAUAGAAAUGUGAUGUAUAGCGCGGACACAAUUCACUUUUAUCCAUACGGCAGAGAAGCAGGGCCACUCUAUGCAUUACAUUUCUAUGUCCUGAUUGCUGUUGUAUAACUACUCCCUCUCAUGUUUAGAAAAUCCGAAAUGGACAAUGGUGUUUUUUGUGGUUUGACAUGGUUCUGCACUUUCCUUGAAAGGGGAAGUCAAAGCACCUUCCUGGAGAUGUUAAAGUGGAGGUGAAGCACCUUUUUAUAUGAGAUGAACCCAUGGUUCCUGCACCUUUGAUAAAGGGUUUUGAUGGGUCGUGUGGAGAAUCAACCCUAGGGUCAUGCAAAGGUAUGGCCUUGUUCAAAUACUUCUAAGCGGCAUCCUUCCUCCCUUUCCUUGAUGUAAGCACUUCAGGAAAGAGAAUAAAGGAAGGGUGCAUUUAGAGAGUAUUGGAACAUAGCCUGCGUCUCAGAUCUGUGGAUGUGGGAUGCACUGGGAUGACUCCAGUUGUAAAUAUUGAGAAGACCGUUGAGCUGACUUCUACGCUCGUCUAGGAUAGUGAUUUCCUAUGUAGGAUGUUUGUGAUUGUGUAAAAGUGUGGAAGGGAUGAAAGAGGACCGUUUUUAUAUUUUUUUGUUGUUCUUUUUUACUCGGUCUCUCGUGUUGUGUGUGUGAGCUCCCAGCAUGCAUUUGACCUAGAGAUCAGAGGUCGGAGGAGAAUGAGGAUGAUGGUUGCUUUGGUCUUAAAGUACUGGCCUAAUGUGCUGCUGAGUUAGUGACUGAAGGGGAGGGAAGAGGGGUGAUGUUGUUUAGGGAGAGAGGUGUCAUGCUACAGACUCUUCUCUCCAUCAGAAUGUUGUACAGAAAAAAAUAGUCAUUUUAAAAACAGUUUUUUGUAUUGCUUAUGUUUUCUCUUUUCUCUAAAGAAACAUGUACUGUAGAGACCUAAAAUAAAUGCUACUAAUUGAAGGUGGUGAACGAUUUGCCAACUUCUUGCUGAAGAAAAAACAGGAAAAGGAAAGAAAGAUAACUUUACGACAGCUAGACAGAGCACCGAUAGCUAGACAGAGCACCGUAUAUUUUUCUAUUUUUUUGUGAUGAGGGUUCCAUGAGAGGUUCUUCCAGGGGGAGGAUGAUGGGACAGACUAGGGUACUGUACUGUCUCU